CAGAAAACGUGUUGCGUGAUUCGAUACCAGAGCAUCAUGUGGCCAGCCCUCCUAGUGUGUCAGCUCGUCCUGAUUCUCCAAUCAGAGGCUCAGGGUCCCUGCCUCACCCACCCAACAUUCAGAGACCCAGCCAACUCUGAUAUCACAGUUGUGUGUGGCACAAACAGCAUGGAGCUUCAGAUUUUGCUGUGCCCCCUGUACUUCUAUGGCUAUAAUGAAUCCAUGGCGGCUCUUAAUAGUCAGUUUGGUAAACCCGAGUGCAAAGGAAUCGCUGACUGGACUGUCGACCCACCUAUAAUAAAAUUCCAGUUCUACAUCACUGAACCAUACAUAUCCGACUGUGCCAAUAAGCUGACGAUCACUGAGGAGAUCGGAUCUGGGCUGUUCUCCGAUUUCUCUAGCGUGCAGUCUGUGAACAUCUCUGGGGUGGUCACUACUCAGGACCCGAAUGCUGGAACCAUCACCUACCGGCAGGAAAUGAAAUACCUCUUUUCCUGUAGAUACCCACUGCAGUACUUGGUCAACAACACAGAGAUGAGUGUAUCUGGAGUGAGUCUGGCAAUUAAGGACAAUAACGGUAGUUUCGUCAGCACCCUAAGCAUGGUUCUUUUCGAGGACUACACAUAUACAACUCGUCUUUUCAUACCUCCAACGGGUCUCAUGCUGAAGACCAGGGUUUUUGUGGAAGUCCGAGCCACUAAUCUCACAGAAAGGUUCAAUGUUCUGUUGGAUCGAUGCUAUACAACCACCAGUCCUUACCCAGGAAACAGCACAUCAUUUGACUUGUUUGUCGGAUGCAACCUUGAUCCACAAACCAUAAUGGGUGUGAAUGGAGAACAGCAGGUGGCACACUUCUCGUUUGAGACUUUUCGCUUUGUGGAACACAAAAACAGGAUAGUGUCGACCUUUUAUCUACACUGCGCCACCAGGCUCUGCGAGACCUCUUUCUGUAGGUCUUUACGGCAGAACUGCACAACGUCCGCAAGGAAGCGGAGGGCCGUCCAAUCAGAUCAGGGAACCUCAGUGAGUGACGUUGCCACGGUGAGCUCUGGGGCAAUCAUCACCAGAGUGGAUGAACCAUUAGGACCUGUUGCCACAGUGUCUAAAAAUCCGAAGCAGGACGAGGCAGUGGUGGGCAUCUCUGUGGCAGCGGGGGUGUUCGGAGGCCUGUGUGUCGUCAUGCUGGCUGUGCUUAUCUACAGGAUCCGCAGGGACAAGUUCAAUGCAGACAAAUCAAACCUUUUUCACUGACAGCUCUCAGGGAUCGAUGUGAAAUCCGUAACAAGGGCUACUACCUCUCAAAGUUUAGAGGUCAUCCCGUUCCUGUCGAGGAACAACAAAAUGUCUUGAAACCUUUUUUUAAAUAGACGUGCGCCUUACAGUAAAACAAAGUAAAUUCAGUAAUGAAUGAAUUAGAUUCAUAAUCUUUUUGCAUGCCAGUGUUCAUUGAUUUAAACUAUACUCCAUUUAUAUAUGUGCAAUUUUGGGUUUUCUGUAAGAGGGCAUUCUUGUAUAAAAGAUUUUUUUGUUAAUGUUGUAAUUUCAUGAAUGAUUAAAGCAAACCUAGGAAAUAUUAAUUUAUGGCUGCAAACACUAGCCUUAAUUUAAGAUUUGUGCUU